CGAACCCAUGUACCACGGCACACGUAUCGCACACUGUAACCAUUGGACCUAGCACCUCUGUUCAAUCGUCCGUGCACUCGAUUUUGAGAAACAGACGGCCAAUACACAAGCAUACCUUGUCUAAAUUGAUUUCAGGUACAGCUAAUUUGAUUAAAGAAAACCUAGUUGUAACUGGUGCCAAAGGCGUUAAACUAAAAGUGAAAUAGAUGAUGGUGAAUGUUUGAAAUCGCCCUCUAAAAGCGGAAAAGAAGUCUUGUCAACGAAUCUGAAUGGAUAUAAACGAAAAGUAUUCAGACGAGUUGACAUAACAGGCGCAACUGUUUCAAGACCAAUUGCUAUAUGCAAAGGCGUGUUGUAAUUGCGCACAUAAAUAACCACUGAUCUCAAUUUAGGUGCUGGUGGGCUGACGUCUGACCAUGAAAACACUGUAUUUGUUUGGACACCAAUUUUCACCGGUUGCUAUGAGUUACCAUUCAACACUCUUCAGACUCAUGCAGAACCAUGGAGUUUCAAGUACACGUAGGUCUGGGAACUAGACUAGGCAAUGAAAGAAGCUCCCGGAUGUCCGUGCCCACCUACACUGAUAUUUUGUAGACGGAUCAGGGAUACAAUCAUGCAGUUUAUGAUAUCGCCGCACCGACACGCAUGCGCAUAAGGGAGGGAUGAUGGAGCAUUUGGUUAUUUUCACUUGCACGUUCAGCUGAGAUGUAGGUGUGUAUCCGUGCAUGCUUUCUAAAUUUCGUUUGCCUUCAUGGAUUAUAUAAAGUAAUGCUUAACUAUUUUACCUUAGAUAAUUCUACACUCAUCGGCAAAACCUGGUCCUAAGAAAGGAAAAUGGCAACAUUGCUCUCGGCUUUUGGAGGUUCUUCGGUCUUCAAAUGUGCCACCAACUUAUUGGUAUCGAUUGUGGCGUGCGUAGCAGCAACCGUCGCCUGUGCCUCGUCCUGGCAAUGGCGGGAGGCGACGUACGCGGCCCAAGAGCACCGCGCGUUGGUCGGCCACUCGAUCGGGAGCCACACGGGCGUGACAAGGUCCAAUUGCGCGGUACUGUGUCUGAGGGAAGGCGACAUCCAGUGCCGGUCCUUCAACUACGACAAAACCGGCAGGACCUGUCAGCUCAACGGCGCCAGGGUGGAGGAAUUUCCCGAGAGCCUGGUGGAGGAUGUUGACUUCUCUUACUACGGCGCGCAGCUCGAGGAGGCAAAUACUGAUUUUCAGGAGCUUCAGACAACACCAGCCCCGGAAUGGCAGCUCGUGUUUAAAGGUGUGGCAGGCAACGGAGUGAAGAUGUACGACAUGUGGACUGCAGCGACCUGGAACGAGGCAACGCUGGGUGUCGGUGGGAGCUGGCGGGAUGACUCGCUGUACGGAUCCUGGAACAGCGGUGAUCUGGACAUAGGGCGAGUCAAACUGUCCCUGUAUGAUUCCAGUAACGUCAGCAGGGUAGAGUUGAUCUUCAACGGAACCGGCUCAGAUGUCAGCAGUUGGUUCAGCAAGAAUCGCCUCAUCUCAAGCCCCUGGCAGGACCUCAUCUCGACCGCGACGAACUACUUCAGUAUUGAAGGUGAUGUCAACGAAGAACGCCGGUUCUACAUUAAUCACAACUAUGGCGGCUGCCCUGGAGAUAAAGGCUGGCUGGUAGUGACAGAUUCCCAAAUGCUAACGGACUGCCAAUAUGAGCGUCCAUCUGCAGAGUACCCCUACCCGAUCAUACUCUACAGCAACACGGCGGGCAAAGUAGUGUGGCAGGAUGUGCUAACUACAGGUGCUGAUACAGUUGGACGUGCCGCCUACCUAACCAUCCACAUCAAUAUCGAGUAGACCGCAUAUGUAAUUUAAUAUGAAAAAGAAAAUCAGCUGAGUUUAUUAUUAUUCAAGUUAUGCGAUACUCAGACUAUGAAAGCGGAAACAUUGUGCUUAACUUUGUUGUAGGAUAGAAUGCACACACAAAUUAUAUUGACUGUGAAAAAAAUGCAUUCGAUGCACCAUUAAUAGAAAGCACUAUCAUGAGCGGCACCGCCAAACAUAGCUGCAUGGACGAAAUAAAAGACCGUGUAGAGCCUUAAUGUACUGUACAGUAUGUAAAAAAAAAAUGAUAUAUUUAGAACAAAAACGUUUAGUUGGAAUCUACGAUUAAUUGAUUAUGUAACUAGUUUGCAUAAUCAUUGGAGCAUAAGUUUAGGUUGUUCCAACUGAACAUUGAUUGGCAAAGAACAAUAGGUAAGUUGGCCAACAGAGAGAUCGCUGGCAUGUUAAUCUCCUUUCACCCACUUUGCAGCAAAUUGCACCACAUUGACAUAUCCCUUUCAAUUAACCGUCAGUAUCUCUGGAUGUAGGUGUCCAAAUGAGAUAGGAAAAACAGCAUUGUGUUGAAAAAUAAUCAUUCUUUAAGCGUAUUAUUAUUCAACAAAAUAGAAGUAAGUAAUUUUAAUAUUGUUUUUUUGUUCUCUAAACGUAUAGUUUAUUUCUAUACACACAUGUUUGGAAACGACGAUCGAACAGAAAGUCAACACGCAACUGGAGUUGGUCGAUUUUUAGUCAUCGACAAAUUUUCCACGGCCGCUUACUUCGCAAACAAAUUGAUGUGCAGUGUUAUUGGUCCAUCGGUUUAAUUGUAACACUAAUAUUUCAAAUAGGUUAUAACAUAAUUAUUUAUGUCGGGAAAUGUGGCGUCAACCGUGCAAGUCGUAUAGGCUAUAUGCGUCACAUAAUUAUUUAUAUUGGGAAAUGUGGCGUCAACUGCGCAAGCGCAUAGGCUAUCACUUCGUGGUGCAACAGACGAAGAAUGUACAAAUAAAUUAUAAUAGUAAUUGUUCGCUUCUGUACAUAAUUUAAGACACGAAUUAAAUGCACAGACCAGAGUAAGUUAUGAAAAAAAGUGAAAAUGUUAUUAUAUUCUUGUUGUCUAUUAAAAAAGCCACUCAUAUUUAAUUAAUAAAUUCGAGGGUUGGAACUUUUACCUGCAUUUGUAUUAUUGAAAAUGGCAUUCGAUUGUAUUUUUUUUAAUGACACUUUAUGUAAAAGAAACAGCUUAGCAACUUAUAUUAGUUAGAGAAUGUGACAAAUUAAAAAGAA